CUUGUCGGUGGGGGCAGCAGGAUGCUGGUGGAAGCGGAGGGGGCCGGCCGGGUGCCUCCGGAGCUCGGCUGGCAGGGCCCGGCGGGGCGUGUGCGGCUGCUGGUGCAAGCCCCCCCGCCCCACCCCUCCUCAUGCAGCCCUGGCAGUGCCUCCGGCGCUUUGCCCUGGCCUGGUGGGAGAGGACAGCGGAGGGCAGAGCCCGAUCUCCCAGGGAGGAGGCCGGACCAAGGGACCCCGGGGGCCGAGGGGAGCCAGGGCUCCAGCGUGCAGCGGGAGGGAAGGCUCCAGGACUCUGUUCCCUCUGUUUAAAGUCUCCAGAUCCGGAGCGGAGCAGCCCCCCCAUGCUGUCUGCAGACGAUGCCGAGUACCCGCGGGAGUACCGGACCCUGGGGGGCGGGGGCGGCGGGGGCAGCGGGGGCCGGCGCUUCUCCAACGUGGGGCUGGUGCACACGUCCGAGCGGCGGCACACGGUGAUCGCCGCCCAGAGCCUGGAGGCGCUCAGCGGGCUCCAGAAGGCGGAUGCCGACCGCAAGCGCGAUGCCUUCAUGGACCACCUGAAGAGCAAGUACCCGCAGCAUGCCCUAGCCCUGCGGGGUCAGCAAGACAGGAUGCGGGAGCAGGUUGGCGGCUGGACCGUGGACCCCGUGUGCCUUCUCAGCUCCCUCUGCUCCCACCUCCACGGCGACUCCGCCCCCUCCGGGGCUGGCCAGCCGGCCCAGCAGCCAAACUACUGGAGUUUCAAGACCCGCAGCUCACGCCACACUCAGGGAGCCCAGCCUGGGCUGGCAGACCAGGCGGCCAAGCUGUCGUACGCCUCGGCCGAGUCACUGGAGACCAUGUCAGAGGCCGAGCUCCCCCUAGGCUUCAGUAGGAUGAACCGCUUCCGACAGAGCCUACCCCUCUCCCGCUCAGCCAGCCAGACCAAGCUGCGCUCACCAGGGGUGCUGUUCCUGCAGUUCGGGGAGGAGACUCGGCGCGUGCACAUCACGCACGAGGUUAGCAGCCUGGACACGCUGCACGCACUCAUCGCGCACAUGUUCCCGCAGAAGCUCACCAUGGGCAUGCUGAAGUCGCCCAACACAGCCAUCCUUAUCAAAGAUGAGGCUCGCAACGUCUUCUACGAGCUGGAGGACGUCCGGGACAUCCAGGAUCGCAGUAUCAUCAAGAUCUAUAGGAAGGAGCCACUCUACGCCGCUUUCCCUGGCUCACACCUCACCAACGGGGACCUUCGGAGAGAGAUGGUGUAUGCGUCGCGGGAGUCGUCGCCCACGCGGCGCCUCAACAACCUGUCGCCAGCGCCACACCUGGCCUCAGGCUCUCCGCCGCCGGGGCUACCAUCGGGGCUGCCGUCGGGCUCGCCGUCGCGCUCUCGCCUCUCAUACGCCGGGGGGCGCCCGCCCUCCUACGCCGGCAGCCCGGUGCACCACGCGGCUGAGCGGCUGGGAGGCGCCCCCGCCGCCCCGGGCGUUAGCCCGAGCCCCAGCGCCAUCCUGGAGCGGCGCGAUGUGAAGCCGGACGAGGACCUGGCGGGCAAGGCGGGCGGCAUGGUGCUGGUGAAGGGCGAGGGCCUCUACGCCGACCCCUACGGGCUGCUCCACGAGGGCCGCCUGAGCCUGGCGGCGGCCGCCGGCGACCCGUUCGCCUACCCGGGCGCCGGUGGCCUGUACAAGCGCGGCUCGGUGCGCUCGCUCAGCACCUACUCGGCCGCCGCGCUGCAGUCCGACCUGGAGGACUCGCUGUACAAGGCGGCGGGCGGCGGCCCGCUCUACGGCGACGGCUACGGCUUCCGCCUGCCGCCCUCGUCGCCGCAGAAGCUGGCCGACGUGACCGCGCCCCCGGGCGGGCCCCCGCCGCCGCACAGCCCCUACUCGGGGCCGCCCAGCCGCGGCUCGCCGGUGCGCCAGUCCUUCCGCAAAGACUCGGGCUCCUCGUCGGUCUUCGCCGAGAGCCCCGGAGGCAAGACCCGCAGCACCGGGGGCUCCUCGACGGCCGGAGCGCCCCCUUCCGAGCUCUUCCCCGGGCCUGGGGAGCGCCCGCUCGUUGGAUUCGGGCCGCCUGUGCCAGCCAAGGACACGGAAACCAGGGAGCGCAUGGAGGCCAUGGAGAAGCAAAUUGCCAGCCUCACAGGCCUGGUGCAGAGUGCCCUACUGAGAGGUUCGGAGCCUGAGACCCCCAGUGAGAAGAUUGAAGGCUCCAAUGGAGCAGCCACCCCCUCAGCACCCUGUGGGUCAGGCAGCCGGAGCAGCGGGGCCACCCCAGUGUCCGGCCCUCCCCCGCCUCCGGCCAGCAGCACCCCUGCGGGGCAGCCCACUGCCAUCAACCGUUUGCAGGUGCAGCUGCACCUGCGUGGCCUGCAAAACAGCACGAACGACCUGCGCAGCCAGCUUCAGCAACUGCGAAAGCUCCAGCUACAGAACCUGGAGUCGCUGCGCGCGCUGCUGAAGGGCACGGAGGCGGAGCUGAGCAUGCGCGUGUCGGAGGCGGCGCGGCGGCAGGAGGACCCGCUGCAGCGGCAGCGCACCCUAGUGGAGGAGGAGCGGCUGCGCUACCUCAACGACGAGGAGCUCAUUACCCAGCAGCUCAAUGACCUGGAGAAGUCGGUGGAGAAGAUCCAGAGGGAUGUGUCCCACAACCACCGACUGGUGCCCGGGCCUGAGCUGGAAGAGAAGGCGCUGGUGCUGAAGCAGCUCGGGGAGACACUGACCGAACUCAAGGCUCACUUCCCAGGCCUGCAGAGCAAGAUGCGGGUAGUGCUGCGUGUGGAGGUGGAGGCAGUGAAGUUCCUGAAGGAGGAGCCCCAGCGCCUGGAUGGGCUACUCAAGCGGUGCCGGGGGGUCACGGACACCCUGGCCCAGAUCCGAAGGCAAGUGGACGAGGGUGUGUGGCCACCCCCCAGCAACCUCCUGAGUCAGUCCCCCAAGAAGAUGACGGCCGAGACGGACUUCAACAAGAGCUUAGACUUCGAAAUGCCACCCCCUAGCCCUCCACUGAACCUCCACGAGCUGAGUGGGCCAACCGAGGGGGCCCCUCCAGCCCCCAAGGCCGGCAACCCCACCAAAGGCCUGGACACUCCUGGCAAGAGAAGCGUGGACAAGGCUGUGUCUGUUGAGGCUGCCGAGCGGGACUGGGAGGAGAAGCGGGCAGCCCUGACCCAGUACAGCGCCAAGGACAUCAACCGGCUGCUGGAGGAGACACAGGCGGAGCUGCUGAAGGCCAUCCCUGACCUAGACUGUGCGAGCAAGGCCCACGCGGGCCCAGCCCCAACCCCGGACCACAAGCCCCCCAAGACCCCCCACGGCCAGAAGGCAGCCCCCCGAACGGAGCCCAGUGGGAGGAGAGGUUCAGAUGAGCUGACAGUGCCCCGAUACCGCACCGAGAAGCCCUCCAAGUCACCCCCGCCACCCCCUCCCCGCCGGAGCUUCCCCUCCUCCCAUGGCCUGACCACCACGCGCACCGGAGAGGUCGUGGUCACCAGCAAGAAGGACUCGGCCUUCAUCAAGAAGGCCGAGUCCGAGGAGCUGGAGGUGCAGAAGCCCCAGGUGAAGCUGCGCCGGACUGUGUCCGAGGUGGCCCGCCCAGCCUCCACACCCCCAAUCAUGGCCUCUGCCAUCAAGGAUGAGGACGAUGAGGACCGCAUCAUCGCAGAGCUGGAGAGCGGCGGUGGCAGCGUGCCUCCCAUGAAGGUGGUGACUCCAGGGGCCUCUCGGCUGAAGGCGGUCCAGGGCCAGGCAGGCAGCCCCGACAAAGGCAAACAUGGCAAGCAGAGGGCCGAGUACAUGAGGAUCCAGGCCCAGCAGCAGGCUACUAAACCAUCUAAAGAGAUGAGUGGUUCGAAUGAGACCUCAAGCCCAGUCUCAGAAAAGCCUUCGGCUUCCAGAACCUCCAUCCCCGUAUUGACUUCCUUUGGAGCGAGGAAUUCUUCCAUCUCCUUCUAGAAGCUUCCUUAUAACCCCACCCCAGCCUGCCCUCCUCCCUCUUCCCUGCCAUAUCUCUCUUUCCUCUGCUUCCCUUCAUUUCCACCUCAUUGUCCAGAAUCUCUGAAGAGUUUGCCAUGGAUGUGGCCCUCUCAGCUCUCUCUGCCCAUCCCCUGUUGGUGUUUUUGGUUUUUUGAAUGAUUCAUUUUUGUCUUUUUUUUUUAAGGGGGAAAAAAAAAAAGCAAACCAGUAAAACUAAAGACCAAAACACACCACCUUCCCUUGAUUUCUUAUUCCAAAAUGGCGCACUUCCUGUCACCGUCCUUCCCUUUUCUCUUUCCCCAUGCUCCCUCCCAAGUCCAUCCUGAAGUUCCUGCACCCCUGCCCUCCCUUCUCACUCCCCCACCCCAUGCUUCCCAAGAGCACUCCAAACAAACUCUGAGCCACGGAGACUUGGAGGGGCAAGACACCCCCUUUUCCCCUUCUUCAGAAACCUUCCUGGAGGAAAACCUGGACAUUGGACCAACCCCAAAUUCAGGCUAGAAAAUUGGACGUAAGGAGACUUUGGCCCGGGAGGUGCCGCACCUGCCCACCCUCAGGACAUGACUGAAUUCUGCUGCUUCUCUGCUCCCAUCCACUCAUGCCCGGGUGGGCCUGGAGUCAAGACAGGUGGGCUGGAGAGGGAGGCCAGAGUCAGAGGGGCCUCAGGGUGGUGUGACGCCACUGAAUCUGUGUGUCCCUGGAGAGGAGCUGGCUUCCCGGGACCACCUCCCUGCGGUGAGGAGCUGCCUGGCCCGUGCCAGUGGGAGGAACGGGGCACCUUUGGACUGCUGGCUGUGGACGGUGGGUUGAGCAGACAGCCUGAUGCCGGGGACACUGUCUUGGGAGAGGGCAGACCCGAGGAGGGGUAUCUGAUAUUUUAGUUUCCUAAUUUAGCACUUUAAAUGACAUUAACUUAUUUAAUGGGGUGGGAUGGAUAAGAAUGAAGGGCCUAACAAAUUAGACUUGGAGGCCUGGAGGGUGGGAAGGGUCUUGUUGUGAGGGAAGUGGGGGCAAUAGAGAGGGGGUUGAUGGGGGGCAGUGAGGACAGCUCUGACCCCACAGGUGGCCUGACUUGACCUUUAACCAUCCUUUCUGAGAUUUGAGGGUUUUCAGGGAAGGUGUUAGAGAUGGUUUUUAAAAUGGGGAGCUGGUGACCCUGGUGAGAUUCUCAAGGGUCCUUGAGGCCUGACCAGCCAGCCAGUGCCCCCAACCUCCGGCCCGUGGGCACCCGCCUUGCAGAGGCCGUGGGCAGUGAGGCUUUUGGUGGGGGUCCUGAAAAGGGGAGGCAGAGAUCAGUUUUGGCUCUCAGCAACCACCCCCCCCCCACCCUCAGGGCACAGUGAGGGGCCAGCAGGGAGAUUCUGUGGGUGGGGGAGGAGGAGGAUGGAGAGGGGUCCCCAGGGAGCAGGAUUCUGUUUGGAGCACAAAGUGGAGUAAGCACAGGGGAGGAGGGGGUUGGGAUUAGUCACCAACCCCCCCCAGAAAGCACAGAAAGAAGGAGCCAUUGAAGGAGCAGAACCUUCUGGGGCCUGGCGCCUGAGGAGAGCCAGGGAGAGCUGUUGAGGGUUGGGGAGGGAGGGGACACUGGGUUGUGUUACUUCAUUUUCUUUUUUUGUUGUUGUUUUUGUUGGUUCAUCCUUGUUUUCUAGCUUUGGAUCAUUUUUGUACAAAGGCAAGCAAGCCUUUUUGAAAAAUAACAAAAGAAGAGGAAAAAAAAAAAAUCCCUCCCAAAAAAAAAAAAAAAAACCCCUGGAAAAUAGAAAAAAAAAAAAAAAGGACCUCAUAAAUGAUGCAAUUACUUUUAAUUGCAGGCAACUCUUUACAUUUAAGUGAAGUGUCUUAACAUUUUAUAUUGUUUUAAAAAUAUAUUUACAUAUUAUAUAUAUAUAAUAUACGUAAUAUAAAUAUAUAUAAAUAUUUAAAAAAGAAAAAAAAAAAAGAAAACCACAGCACUCUCCCUGGCCGCUGUUUUGGCGGGGGAGGGGGCUGGAGGGUGGGCGCAUUGGCCUGGUUUCUGUGGUCCAGUGAAAUGGUUUGGUUUGAUUCGGCUGUACAGAGACCCCUGACUUGGGAGGGGAGGGGGGAGUGGUGCCCCCUCCUCCCUCCACUCCAUUACUCUUUGCUUGCUACUUUUCCCUUGCCCCACCUCCCACCCUCAGCCCUGUGCCCUGAAUGUUUGCCUCACCGUCAUUGUCCUGAGCUGAAUGUCCCUUUGUGAGGGAGGGGAAGGGGGCGUGUCCAUCCAUGCGGGGGCAAAUGGAGGGAGUCGUGUGCCCCACCCCACCCGCUGCUAAUGUGGAGCCCAGUGGAAUUUGUACCUUUCACUUUGGUGCCAGUACAUUUAUAGGAGUUGUGCACAACUUGUGUGUGUGUGUGUGUGUGUGUGUGUGUGUGUGUGUGUGUGUGUGUGUCCACGGGCACUAGUCCAUUUAUUGGUGUGCAGAGGAGAGGGGGCAUGAGCAUGCACAGACAUGGCCUCCCGCCCAUGUGUGCAGGGAGGCACGCCCACAGCGGUGCAUGUAACCAGCCUGGGCGUUGGCACGCGCGCACCGGCACCUUGGCGUGGAGAAGCUUGGUGUGUAAGAACGUGUGUAAUAUGUGUGUGCAGACGCAGCAGCUGUGAGACCUGUAUGUGUACAUGGAGGGGUGUACAUGGAGGUGCGUGCGUGCGUGCACACGUGUGUAGACCCCAAGUGUAGAAGCGCCUGAGUGUGUGUUCCCUCAUCCCUGCACCACUGGUUCUGGCACUCCUCUCAAGCCCCCAGCCCCUGGGCCCUCUCAAAGUCCCCAGCACGUCAAAGCCCCCCCCAGCUGCAUGCGCCUCACUGCUCCGUCCAUCAAUGUGUGCUUGACCAAGAGAAAACCAAGACAUCUGGGGGGACCCCUGUACCUGGUCCCCCCAGCCCCUGCCCACUGUGCACUGUGUUACUCGCAUGGGGGGUUUCUCUCCCACCCCUUCCACAAUAUGCUGUUUCCCCAGGAGCCUCAGGCCUGAGGCUCUGCAAGGGGUCCCACCUGGGACCCCCCAGGGCGAGCCUGGCUCACACCCCACCCUGUCCCCCGUAGGGCCCAUGUUGGUGUAGCAGUGAUGGCUUCUGUGGGUAUUCUGUGACCUCUGUCAGUGUAACUUGACAAUUUCUAAAUGGAAAAGGGUUGCUGUGUUUUCUCUGUCUCUUUUUUAAUGUCCCUUUUCUUCCCCCACUUUCCUGCUCUCUUUCCUUUUUGGUUUUUCUAGCUGAGUGUUUGGGGCUUAAAUAAAAUUUGUUUCUUUUUCCUCUCCUGGAUCUCCUUCCUA